AUGCUGCCGAACCCCGACACGGACGCCACGCUCGACGCCAGCACGGACGGCACGCUGCCGGACCCGACGUGGACGCCACGCUGGACAACUGCACUGUCGACACGCUGCCGGACCCGACACCCCGGCGUUGACGCCACGCUGGACAACUGCACUGUCGGCAUGCUACCGGACCCCGACAAGGACGCCACGCUCGACGGCACGAUGGCGGAACCCGGCGUGGACGCCACGCGCGACCACGGCAUGGUCGGCACGUUUGUGUACCCCGACGGCAUGAUGCCGGACCCUGACCUGGACGCCAUGCUCGGAGCUGGCAAGGUGGGCACGCUGAUCGGACGCCACGGUUGA